AUGAACAGCCAUUACUGGCUUUUUGGCUUCUGUUUUCUUCUGGCGGGAAGUAGCUUGCUUCCACUGAACCCACUGUCAGAAAAUACCCCUACUACUGUGCCUUUUCCCCACACCCUACAGCAAUUUCCUCAUUUCCUGUCUAAAAUUUCUCACACAAUUCGAAACAUGUAUUGGAUAACUGCAAAAAACGUCGUCGUUCCCCGCUGGCGCUCUCUCUCCCUGCUCUUUAGUCUUCCUUUUCACCACCGCCACAGCUUCUUCUCGUCUUCCUCCGCCCCCUUAUGUAUUAGGCAGUCCCAGCGCAUUUUGUGUGUCAAAGAAAGAAAAUAUUUUACCAGAACUACUAAGAAACAGAAACAAUUGAAAAAUGUCCUGGAGGAGAAAGAUUAUGCUCACAUUAUGUGGUGGAAGGAGCGAAUUCAGAUGUGCAGAAAGCCUUCUUCUGUUCUACUGGUUAAGAGGCUUACAUAUUCUAAUCUUCUGGGAAUUGAUACUAGCUUAAGGAAUGGGAGACAUGCACAUCCGGGUAGUCCUUAUGUCUUUGGGCUUGUUGGAGAUGAUCAUGACCUCGACUUUCCAGAGCCAAUGCCUGUAGUUGGUAUAUCUCGUUCGGCCAAGGGAUACUGCAUGAUUUCAGUGCUGGAGACUAUGAAGACUUAUUCUGCAGAGGAUGGUCUAACAGAAGAAGCUCUAGUUACUAAGAUUCGUAGUUGUCAAUGCCAUCAUUUGUUCCUGCAUUCGUCAUUAAAGAACAAUUCUUCAGGAACUUGUCGCUGGAGAGAGUUUGGUGAAGGUGGGCUGUUAUGGGGAGAAUGCAAUUCUAGACAAUUCGAAUGGUUUGAAGGAAAUCCAGUGAAUGCACUUUUGUUUAAGGUGAAAGAGCUUUAUGGCCUUGAAGAUGAUGUUACAUUCCGAAAUGUCACUGUUACUUCAGAAGAUAGACCCCGUCCUUUACACCUUGGGACAGCCACCCAAAUUGGUGCUCUACCAACUGAAGGAAUACCAUGUCUGCUCAAAGUGCUGCUUCCAUCGAAUUGUACCGGUCUCCCUGUUCUGUAUGUUAGAGAUCUUCUGCUAAACCCUCCUCCAUAUGAGAUUGCAUCAACAAUUCAAGGUAAUGCACAACAUGUUCUAAUCUUUGUUAUUAUGUGCCUGAUAUUUUAUAGUUAUAUGCCCGCCAUGUUCUCUUGA